AUGGCUUCGAAUCCUCUUUUGUACCAUCAUCACCGCCUCCGUGAGGUGUCGUUCCUCCUUCAUGCCUCGCCUUCUCCAUUUAUCUUCAUAAAUGAUCCAAUUUCACCCCGUAUGACCACACAAGCUGUACUUGGAGCGCUUUCAUCCACUACCAGCACCACCAUUUCUAUGCACCUUGUUCAUGUCAAUGCUGUGACGUGCUUUUCAGCCAGACUGUUGUUCGACGCGAUUCUUAAUGGACUCGCACAAUGGACGCCUUCUUGGGAAGAGGGGUGUACGAACUGGUCAGGACCCAAUGAUACCCGGCGUUAUAAUGAAUCACUGGACGCGUUUUUGCGCGGCUUAAAGACGCUUUAUUCGUUCUUGCACCAUAGUGACAGUAAUCUACCUCGAGUCACGCGGUUUGUAAUUGUGAUUGAGCGUGUGGAACGUCUCAAGGAUCGAUUACCAGACCUCAUCGUUCCUUUGACGCGUCUUGCAGAAAUGACGCGUAUUGAUGUGACAAUUAUCUUCGUCUCUUCUGGAAGGUGGGACGACAUGAGGCCUUCUCUUGGGGCUUCUCCGGACCCUUACUUUGUGGAUAUAUCUAUUCCAACAAAAGAAGCUUGUGUUGCGCACCUUUGUUCCGUGUUUCAGUCUUGUCAGACUGAACCAAACCUCUCCCUCAAUCCGUAUCACCCAGCCCUUGAAGGCAUCCACGCGUCUUUUGCAUCAAUCCUGUGCGACGCGUGUUUCCCUUUCACCAAUGAUCCUGAUGAACUUGCAUACGCCGCCGCCGCGCGAUGGCCGGGUUUUGUCCAACCUAUACUGGACAAUCAUGCAAUGGAACGGGGAAAAGACGAUAGCAAUCUUACCGAACGGGAUGAUAAUGAACACCUAUUUACCGAUGACGCGAUGCUGGUCGACGAUACCCAUGAUUUUGUUACACCUCCAGAGGAAGUUCGCAUGCGUCUAAAUCGCUAUUUCAAACCCAGUAUUACUGCUGCGCUGGAACAGCUUUAUCCCCGUUUCAGCAAUGCGCAGGACUGGGCAGACGCCAAUAAACCUUCUCCUGAGGCGCUAGAAAUUGUAUUUCCGGUUCACCGAGUCGACCACUUGAGUAAGCCACGAAUUGGCGUAACGGUCAAAGAGAAGCCUGCAGAACCAUAUCGGAAUUUAACGAGAAUGUCCAAGUUUAUUCUCAUCUCCUCGUUCCUGGCCUCGAUGAAUCCGGCUAAAUCAGACCUGAGGAUGUUUGGCAGGGGCCUGGACGAGAAGAAGCGCAAACGUCGACGGAUCACCAAGGCACCUUCUGCGAAAAUCAAAAGCGGUCCUAUCAAGAUCCCUCAACAUUUUCUGGGACCAGCAGUAUUCCCCCUCGACCGCAUGUUAGCCAUCUUGGGCGCGUUGCUUGAAGAGAACGAUAACGAUGACAAUUUCAGACCCUCCAAGAUUGACUUCUCAAUUCCUGGCGAGUACACCGAUAUGGAAGUCAGUAGGGUCGGCGUCUGCUCUACUAUCAUAGAUCUAACAUCGUCAAGGUUGCUUCAUCGUACUUCGCCGGUCGAAAGGUUAGAUGGACCACCGAUGUUCAAAUGCGGGGUCUCGUACGAUGUAGUAUUAGGGUUAGCUAAAGAGUUGGAUGUACCACUGCAGGACCUGCUAUGGGAUUCUUUGUGAUCCGUCUGGAAUGCAACCAUCUGUCUUCGAAUUUGUAUUUAAUCCGGCUUUAUCAGAAACAUCUGAUGUCUUCGUAAC